AUGCGCGCUUGCUUUGUACUUGGCUGCAAGACGAUGGCAACGGAAGAAGCUCGAUCGUGCGAGGCGCAUCGCCACCGACGCCGGUGCAGCGUGCCGCCGUGCCCGCAGGCGGCAACGAGCCACCGGGCGACGCUCCAUCGAUGUGCGGUACCGAGCUGCGGGGCGCGCACGUACAGAGACGUGACGUGUGCUCACCACGCGCCCAAGUCGCCCCGAAACGACUGUGUCCGCCACGGCGGUGUUCGCGUCUGCACCCACGCCAACGCAGACGAGGCACCGACGCUGCACAGUUCGUAUGAGCUCGACGCCGGUGCGGUCGUAUCGUUCGAGAUUGAGAUGAGCGAAGCAGCGUUUGCACUGGACUAUCCAAGCGCAGCGUUUACCUUCGGGCCCAUUAUGCUCGAUGCCGAUGUGCUUUACUUUGAGUAA